AUGUGCAUAGUGAGAAAAGGUGGAAAAAAGGUCCUUCAGAAGCUUGGUAAAGCAGAUGAAACUAAAGAUGAACAGUUUGAACAGUGUGUGCAGAACUUCAACAAACAGCUGACCGAAGGCACGAGGCUGCAGAAGGACCUCCGAACCUACUUGGCUUCUGUAAAAGCUAUGCAUGAGGCCUCCAAGAAGCUGACAGAGUGUUUGCAGGAAGUUUAUGAGCCAGAUUGGCCUGGGAGAGAUGACACAAAUAAAAUAGCAGAGAACAAUGAUCUCCUGUGGACGGAUUUCCAUCAGAAGCUGGUGGAUCAAGCACUUCUGACCAUGGAUACGUACCUUGGCCAAUUUCCGGAUAUAAAAUCUCGUAUAGCGAAGCGAGGAAGGAAGCUUGUGGAUUAUGACAGUGCCAGACACCACUUUGAAGCCCUGCAAACUGCAAAGAAGAAGGAUGAAACCAAAAUCGCAAAGCCUGUUUCGCUGCUUGAGAAAGCCGCUCCUCAGUGGUGUCAAGGGAAGCUACAAGCUCACCUCGUUGCGCAAACUAAUCUGCUCCGAAAUCAGGCUGAAGAAGAGUUAGUAAAGGCUCAGAAAGUGUUUGAAGAGAUGAAUGUUGAUCUGCAGGAGGAACUGCCUUCACUAUGGAAUAGUCGUGUUGGUUUCUAUGUCAACACAUUCCAGAGUAUAGCAGGCCUAGAAGAGAACUUCCAUAAAGAAAUGAGCAAGUUGAACCAAAAUCUGCAUGAUGUCCUGCUGGGUCUAGACAAGCAGUACUCAGGCAAUGCCUUCCCUGUUAAAGCACAGCCCAGUGACAGCACCCCAGCGAAAGCAAAUAAAAGCCCCUCACCUCCACCAGAUGGAUCUCCUAUCACCAGCCCUGAGAUCAAGACUGUCAACCAUGAGCUGGAACCAUCCGCUUUGGAAGCGCCUGGGGCAAGCAUCCCAAAGUCACCGUCUCAGUUGAGGAAAGGGCCUCCGGUGCCUCCGCCUCCAAAAGUCACCCCCUCCAAGGAGAUCAAGCAGGAGAACAUCAUCAGUCUGUUUGAUGACAAUUUUGUCCCCGAGAUAAGUGUGACAACCCCUUCGCAGUUUGAUGCCCCUGGGCCCUUCCAGGAGGGAGCCAGCCUGUUGGAUCUGGAUUUUGAUCCCAUUAAACCAGAUGCCACUGUGGGGAAGACCCCCACACCCGCCUCCCAGUCUUUACCUUGGGAUUUAUGGGAG